AUGGCACCCGCACGCAUCAUCGAUACGCCCGUCGUCACGAACACAUACGACUACAUAGUAUGCGGCGGCGGCACAGCCGGCUGCGUGAUCGCCGGACGCCUGGCCGAAACCACAACGACACGAAUCCUCCUCAUCGAAGCUGGGCCAGACAGCAAGGACCUGGCCACAAUGCACAUGCCGGGCGACUGGAUGGGCAACUUCGACAAUAAUAAGACGGACUGGAACAUCGUCACAGAGCCGAUGGCAGGCGCGAAUGGACGACGGGUCAAGUGCUCGCGCGGGCGGUUCCUGGGCGGCUCGUCUGGGGUGAAUGGCACGUUGUGUAUCCGGGGCACGCGGCAGGACUAUGAUGACUGGGGGCUGGAGGGCUGGGGCGGGGAGGAUGUGUUUGGAUAUAUGAAGAAGGCGGAGACAUUUCAUCCGAGUGCGCGGUUGAAGGGGGCUGCGGGGGUUCAUGGAACUGAGGGACCGCUGCAUGUUGCGUCGCAUGAGCUGGCGCCGAUUAGUGAGCGGGUGAUGGAGAGUAUGGUUGAGAAGGGGUUGCCGCUUUGUGAGGAUAUGUUUUCGACUGGGGAGACGGCGCAUGGGUGUGGGCAUGUGCCUAGGACGAUACAUCGGGGUGUGAGGACGACGGCGGCUGAUUUUGUGACUAAGGGGUUUAAGAGGGAGAAUAUCACCAUCAUGACGGAUGUUACUGUCGAUAAGAUUGUUGUGGAGAGCCAGGGGGAUGGUUUGAGGGCGACUGCCGUGGAUCUUGUAGCUGAGAAUGGCACAAGGUCGAGAGUGGGUGCGUCGAAAGAGGUCAUCGUCAGUGCUGGUGCGUAUUGCUCGCCUGCUAUCCUGUUGCGAUCGGGCAUCGGCGCGAAAGAUGAGCUUGAGAAGCUAGGCAUCGAGUGUGUCGCAGAUCUACCAGGUGUUGGGAGGAACCUCAUGGAUCAUAUCUUGACCUUUCAGUUCUACCAAGUCACCGAACCGGGGCUUACGUACGACUCUCAAGUCUUCCACGAUCCUCAAGGCCUGGCUAAGCUCAGGAAGCAAUAUGGCGAUACAAAGUCUGGCUUCCUGAGUGUAUUUCCCUUCGGUGCCUUCUGCUUCGCCCGCCUCGAUGACCGACUCGAGGAUUGUGAAGCAUGGAAGAACGCACCGAGAAAGCCUGGACGUGACCCUAUGGGCCUAGCACCGAACCAGCCAAACAUAGAGAUGUGGAAUACCGAGCUGUAUGGCGGUCCCAAGCAGUUUGACAGCUACCCAAUCGAUGGCAGCCAUACCUUCGCCAUGUGCACAUUGCUCUUCAACUCCAACUCUCGCGGAUCGGUCAGGCUUGCGAGCUCCGACCCGCUGAAGAACCCUCUGGUCGAUCAUAACUACCUCGACCACGAACUCGACCUACAAGUCCUGGCCGAAGCGUGUCGGUAUUCGAACGAAAUCGUGAUGGAGGGUGUCGGCACCAAGAACAUCGUCAAAGGCAGUUGGCCUCCAGGGUUGAAGCACCAUACACACAAAACACGAGAAGACUGGAUCCCGCACGUCAAGAACAGUGCCACGACCUGCUACCAUGCUUCUGGCACGUGCAAGAUGGGCAAGUCUGAUGAUCCGAUGGCGGUGCUUGAUGAGAAACUACGCGUGCGUGGUAUUGACGGGCUACGUGUUGCCGAUGCUAGUGUGAUGCCAAUUGUGAAUAAUGGACAUACCCAGAUGGCCACUUACGCUAUUGCUGAGAAGGCUGCGGAUUUGAUCAAGGCGGAUGCGAGAUAG